ACAGCUCUGACCGUCGUACCGAGCCUACGGGUACCGUGCGACCCAGUAGCAUUACUGUCGCAGAAAGAGAGCAGUCCUUACAAUUCCCUACCUUACAGACUCAUCGUCGAAGAAGCGCCUUCUCGCGCGGCUCUGCGGGUUCCUGCAUAAGCGUGUGUGGCGCUCCUCCACUCUGGUCAUGUGGACGUCACUUUGUCGUGCGGAGGAACGAAAGCUUGGGAGCUUGUCAUCGCAGUGUCAGUAAACCUUCCAAAAACCCUGCAUCAACAUCUUCUUCAUACAGCCACAACCACCUCUUUUAUUCGAAUCUACACCUUCACGCGUCAAAAUGUACACCACCAGAGCAAUUGCACGCUCUUCCAGAGCAGUGCGCAUCAACAACGCCGCCCUCCGCCGCAAUGUCCGCUUUCAGUCAGACAGCGCAACCAGCAAAGCAGCUUCCCAGACCGCCUCCGUCGCCCAAAACCCGUGGGUUAUCGGCUCCGUCUCCGGCCUACUUGGAGGUAGCAUAGCUUUCUAUAUCUGGUACUCGACCUCCGGCCUCGCCGCCGCCACCAAGACCGCCCGUCAAGCCAAGAGCUACUACGACAAGGCCACUUCCCAGCUCAAGGUCACUUUCCAGGAGAACACACCUGAGCCGAGUGAGGCACUCCAGGCCCUUAAGGAUGCAGCCAACAAGUAUGCGGGAUGGGUGCCCGGUGGCAAGCAAUACGUCGAUAAGAUCUUUGACGAUCUUGAGAUGAUCCGCAAGCGACACGGGGAGGAGGUUGACAACAUUGUUUCUGAGGCCUACGGUGAGCUGCGCUCCGAGAGCAAGAAAGGGAUGAGCCUAGAGACUGUCAGCGGAUCAUGGCAGAUCCUGCAAAAGCACUUGCAACGUCUUGCCGGCCUGGCUGGUGACGCUACGGAAGACAUCCUGAACAACCACCCAGAGCUGAAGGAGCGCCUCGGCGUGCCAAUUGACCAGCUCAAGCAACUCGGCCAGCAGAUGGGUCCCGAAGUGCAGAAGUCGAUCGAUGAGACGUGGAGCCAGGUCUCCGAUAUCCUCAAGGAGGGCAUCAGCUUCUCAUCCGCUGACAAGAUCCGAAAGCUCGUACAGGAUAAGCAGCAGCAAAUCCGCCAAAUGGGCGAGCAGGCGUUCGACAAGGGAUUCGAGCAGGUCAAGCCAAUGCUCGGCAACAACCCACAACUCAAGCAGCUCGUGGAGAAUAACAUGGACACGCUGCGCCAAGGCAAUGUAUCGCAGGUCAUCCCCAUGAUCCAGACCGCCGUAUCGGGUGGCAACACGCUUGAUCUGGAGAAGUACAUCGUCAACGCAAAGGAGAAAGCACAGCAGCAAUUCUCGUCCGGUGGACUCAACGAGUGGCUGAAUAUGAUCCCACAAGGUGGCAAGAUCCUACCGCAGCUUCAGAAGCUCAAGUCAAUCGCCGAGCAGCAGGGCCCGCAAGCUCAGCAGCUCGCGCAAGAGACUCUCUCCGAAAUCGGCCAGGUGUUGGAGAAGAAGGCUAAGAAGUAUGAGGAUCUGUAUAACCAGUCGAAGCAACAAGCUAGCAAAUAGACCGGUGCACUAGGUGUUACGCGGACCAGAAGCGGUAAUGCAUGCCAAUGACGCGGCGGACGUAAGCAACAAGCAUGGUGUUGAGAGAUGAAGCAAAAGCAGUGCGCUGUGAAGCGCGCGUGUGUAUUGAGG